AUGGUGGCUCGGCCAGAUCUGCACAACUGGAUUCCACACAUGCGACCUCGCACAGCUCAUACUGGUGAACUGCAUGAGCUCAUGCAGAAGUACCGGGUCGUGGUAUUGAUGACAAGCAUUCCCAGUCGCAUCGAUCACAUGGAGCCUGUGGUGGAUGCGAUGCUUGCACAAAGCUGGCCGCCCACGGAGAUCUACAUGAGUAUACCUUACAUUUACAACCGGACGGGGGAGACAUACGAGAUCCCAGGAUGGCUGCAAUCAAAGGCGGAUGCCAAGGCCUUGCAGCUGGUUCGCUGUGUUGACCUGGGACCUGGGACACACCUCUUGAAUGGCUUACGACUGGAACAAGAUCCGUGGACCUUUCUUGUAGUGGUGGAUGAUGACCACAUCUACGGUCCAGAGCUAAUCGAGCAAUUGAUGCGGGCGGCGCUUGGAAAUCCGGGCAGCGCGGUCGCGGCUCAAGGCUUCCUCUCCGUGCCGGGGCUGCUCCAGAGCCAGGAACUUCGAGCCUUUCAGGAGCAAGGUGGCGAGCGACCACGGUACCUGCAAGAUCAGGGUUUCGCAGCCGGGCCCGUGCUGGUGAGUUACUUAGGUGUCGUAUACCAGCGCGGUUUUUUCGAUGAUUCCGUGUUCUCCUACAGCAGUGAUUGCCAGCAAUGCCGUUACCAGGACGACAUGUGGUUUUCCGCGCAUCUGGCGCACAAGGGCAUCCGCCGGCUUGUGCUCGGGGCAGCACUUGGCGUACAGGAGCUGACCGAGAUGCAUCUUGGGCCUGAGUCCCUGACCUUCUGGAAGGAGAACAAGCCUCGGCAGAUCAGUGACGACUGCAACAAGGGCUUGCUGCGUGCCAAUAGCCACCUUUGGGCUUUUCGCCGGCGAGUCGUGCUUGCACUUGGAGGCCUACCGCCAGCGGCGUGGCCCUUUCCGGAUCAGGUGCCUGAUGAGUGGCGACUACCACUAGCCGCCAUCAGCAGGCUUCCGCAGCGACCGGACUUAACUUACCUCUGCACCAGCUGGGACGAGGCCGGGCAGUCUGGAUUUAUGGUUGGGCAAUCCUUCUUGCUUGGUGGUGUGCUGGUAACGGGGUCGAGUGCCUGUGCUGCAAACACAGAUGGUCGCAUUUCGCAGCUGAUGCGGGACGCUUUGCUAUGGGAAGGAGAUCCCAACACCGUUCUUGUCAUGGGCUCCACCCGUCUGCUGGAGGAGAACCCUGGCGCUUUCUGGGAGGUGGCUGAAUGUGCUGCCAGCAUGUUUGAUGCCGCCUCAGAAGAGGCCGAACAUGAAGAGAGGAGAAUCCGUGACCUGAGCCAGAAGGCAGCUCGCGAAGGCAUUUCUCAGCAACAUGGCCAUAUCUUUCUCAACCAACUGUUCCGGCAACGCGGAGACAGCCCGCAGGGCCUUGGGGAUGUUGCCCUGCCGAGGUCACAACAGCAAGGAGAGCAAGUUUGGCCUUACUGCCGCAUGGGCGAUUGGGUGGCUGCAACUGUUGGCGCCUUCACUGCUUAG